AUGGCGGCCCAUGGUGAUUUCGACGAUCUUGUUCAGAAGUUGGCAGAAGACGGUCUUUCCCCUAACGAUCUGGGGUUCUUGAGGAGCAGGUUUUCUGCAGAAGGGGCAAAGAGGCUCCUUACCGCAAAAGAUCUGCGUACUCUCAAGGCGGUUUGCGAGGAGUUUCUAUUCGCUUCACUGGUUUCUCCGCCCAAUCUUGACAAGAUUAGAGAGUCAGUGGAAAGAGUGUCGAUGCAAGCCUCAGGGCUCACUAACAAAAGGAAAGCUGAAGGAGCUGCUGAAGAAGAGCAUGCAAAGAGUCUCAAACCCUCAGAGAAAACCGGCACCAAUGAGAAUUCCAAGGUUGAUGAUACCUUAGAUGGCGAAGAUGCCACUGAGGAGAUUGAAAAUAUGGGCACCGCUGCCGGAGGUGACCUCAAAGAUGCACACAUCGGAAAGGGCAAGGGCUCCGGGAAGAGCAAAGGAACUGCUGGGAAAGGCCUUGCCGAUGGUGGGAAAGGGUCCUCAUCUAAAGGAGGCAAAGCGACCGCAGGCUCUUCGGCCAACCUGUCUGGUGGCUCAGCCGACCUCGAUCUUCAACACCGUUUGGAGAAGAAGAAGGGGCUUGGAGAUGAUGGCGAAUCUAGCCCUCGUUCAGAUGGCGGAGCAUCUAGCAAUGCUGCGAAGAAUCUGGAAGCAAGGAAGAAUCGCUUGAACAAAGUAAAUACUAUGAGAAAGGCCAUUGAUGAGGAACACGACAAGAUGACCGACAACAGGUCUGAUGACUCGACUCUGAAGCAAGGAGAGAAGUCUAUCAAGCAAGAAGGACUGGUUUCUAUUCUGGAAAGGUCAAAUUCCAGCACGUAUGAAGUCGAUCCGGGCGUUAGUACUUCAAGGUUGAGGAGUAUGGCGGAUGCCAUCCAUGCGACUGAGCGUGGCAGGCACAGAUCUGACGUGGCUGUCAUGACUGUGUGUCAUGAUGUCAACGAGGACGAUAGUCAGUCCACUUUCUUCUCAAAGCGCACUUAUUUGUGUGGCGUCGUGGAGACAGACAUCGUCACUGUUGACAGGGAGCCUGACGGUUCAGAAGUUGGGUUUCCAGAACGAUUCCGUGCUCUCGUGCCUUUUCUGAGCGAUGAGCCUUGCUGCGAUGUUCUUUACAAAACGAGUCCUUGCAUACAAAGCCGUUACACCAUACGGCCUGGUAUGGCAGGCUCGAGCCUACAAGAGCACAGGAGCCUCUUCGCUGUCAAAAACUCAAAACUGGUCACGGCUCAGAGCAAAAUGUCUUCAGAUUUCAAGGCUUCUAUCGCCUCUUACCUGAACUUCAGCGCGGCAAGGAGCCAGACUGUGGCCGGAACUGGUGAGAGUGUCUCCCAGAACUUAGCUCAAGCUUUCCAUAGGCGUUUCCUUGAAGAGCAGAAAGCUAGUGAGCUCAACUGUUCCACGCUGUUGACCAAGUUGGUGAUGUUGGAUGAGAUGCUUACGAAAUUUGAAGCAGGCAUCAAAGCAGUGAUGAAGUCUGGAGCUGCUUCAUCCCAGCUGAAAAUCCGUUUGGAAGACCAAGAAAACAUUUCGGGGAAUGGAGGAUUCCGCAAGUACAGGGAUCCAGCAGCCACCGCGGCUCGUGUGGCCACUGAUCCUUUGGACAAGCCUAGGCUUGCUUCAGGCACCGGAGUCACCGUGUUUUCUGGAACAGAGGCCAAUCUACCUUACAAUCUUUCCGAGUCUGGGGUACCUGAAGAGGUUCUCUUGUUCAUAGCCGAAUCCGCGCUGGAUAUCGAUAGUGUCGAGUUGAUCUCGUUUUGCAUCACGCAGAACAGGCUGCUCAACUUUUCGGUCAACCUGGCUAAGGGGAUGGUUGUAGAAGAUGCGCACGCCAAGAGGUGGUGGCCCGCCGUGCUUGACGUUCACUUUCCCACGAUCGGAACAGGUGCUGCCUUACAUGUGGGUGCAAUGGUAGGCACUUUAUACGACUUCCUACAUGAUGAAAGAGCGGGUACCAGCACAACUACUACCACCUGGACGUCGUGGCCGACGAGCACAACCCUGGAGGAAGUGCAACUGGAACAAGGGAUGAGUACAACCACAACAACCUGGGUGUCCUCCGGUACUUCCUUCUCCCUGCUGGACUUCGAGAAUAUUACGGCGUCUACCUCCUCGCAAAUUGGGUUGGAUACAGGGAUGGUGGCUGACGGUGUAACCCUGGAGGAGAGGGCACAACUCCUGGCGCGGCGCAUCGCUGACCUGGUCCAUCGUGAACUCCUCAGUGCUCUUCGCCACUAUGGCUCCGACCGUGCCCGGCGCCAGUGGUCGAGAACUUCGCAGAGGAAUGGGAUGAGACCACCGUGGCGAAAUCCAUCUACUGGGGGAGAGAUCACUACUCCUACGAGGUGGACCUUUGAGGACACGUGGCAAGCUAUUCGCCGUGAUCGUGGAGAACGGAAUGUGGUUGGUUAUGAUCGGCUUUUUGGAAGGUUAACGGGAAGACCCAUGGACUGGGGGCGCACUACAACAACCUGGCCAGGCCCGUCUUCGCUCUCUGUGGUGCAAAAUGCCGAGGAGGAUGAACAGGUGGAUGAGGAGCUCGUUGACACGAUGGUUCCGUUCCCUGUGGGUGACGUGGCUAUGCAGCUUGUGGAUGUGCAGCUUGAGAAUGUGGAGCCAGAAGUUCAGUUCCCUGUGGGUGAGGAGGUUGUGCAGCUCGAGGAUGACAUUCACACAAGUGAUAUGAACCUUGGUGAUGAUCGUCUGUCUCCUCGCGAGUAUUCGUCAUGGCGUGAACUGUGA